UGGGCAGCCCUCUCCCCUCGGGCUGCGCGCCCGGCCGCUCCUCCUCCUCCUCCUCCCCUUCCUCCGCUUCUUUCCCCUUCCCGAGCUGCCGGCUCUGCCAACCAGCUCCCUGCGCGAGCCGCCGCAGCGCCCCGCCAGCAGGACCUGAUGCGCAUCCAUAUUAGCCGUCCGAGCGCAGGAAUCCGGCCCGACCCGCGUCGCCGAGUUUAUUUUUAACCAGUACCGCCGGGACUCGGAUGGUGCGCGCACCACGGGCCAGAAACAUCUUCCCAGCGCUGCUCUCCAUCUUCCGCCCUCUCUCCCCCGACAUCCUCCCCCCCCAUGUGGGAGGGGAAACUUUUCUCCUACAUACUUUCUAGUCUCUCUCGGGUCGGGAAGCACGGAGAUGACGGAGCCUACCAGCAGCCGCAAGGUUGUUCCAACUCUGUGCUGUAGAAGGGGUGGCUUUGAGGUGUGACCCUGCCCACAUUUGGGCCCAGUUCGUGUCAGCUCCUCAGCAGAAAGAAGAAAACAGUGUAAAGGGGUGACACCAAGAGAAGAAAAGAACAGAAUCAUUUCCGACUUGUGUGGAUGGCAACUGUAACCAGGAAGUGUCCCUUGUGACAGAAAAUGGAGUUCUGUAGCAGAGACUUCUUAGUGGUAUAAAACCCCAUCCCGAUGACGUCAAAUUCACCCAUUGGUUUAGAAGGCUCAGACCUGUCUUCCAUCAACACCAUGAUGUCAGCAGUAAUGAGCGUAGCAAAUGUCACUGAGAAUGGUGGGAGCCCCCAGGGCAUCAAGUCCCCCAUGAAGCCUCCAGGACCAAAUCGGAUCGGCAGAAGGAACCAGGAGACGAAAGAGGAGAAAUCUUCCUACAGCUGUCCCCUGUGUGAAAAGGUUUGCUCUACCCAGCACCAGCUGACCAUGCACAUCCGUCAGCACAAUACAGACACUGGAGGAGCUGACCACUCAUGCAGCAUCUGUGGGAAGUCGCUGAGCUCUGCCAGCUCCCUGGAUCGUCACAUGCUGGUGCACUCAGGCGAGAGGCCUUACAAGUGUACUGUGUGUGGCCAGUCUUUCACCACCAAUGGGAACAUGCACAGACAUAUGAAGAUUCACGAGAAGGACACCAGCAGUACUACAACUGCCACCCCUCCGUCCCCUCUGAAGCGCAGGCGGUUGUCCUCCAAAAGGAAACUGAGUCACGAUGCUGAGUCAGAGAGAGAAGACCAGGCACCAGCUAAAAAGAUGGUAGAAGACGGGCAGUCGGGUGAUUUGGAGAAGAUUACUGAUGAAGUCUUUCACUGUCCAGUGUGCUUCAAGGAGUUUGUUUGCAAGUAUGGACUAGAGACCCACAUGGAGACCCAUUCAGAUAACCCAUUAAGAUGUGACAUUUGCUGUGUAACCUUCCGCACACAUCGAGGACUGCUGCGUCACAAUGCACUUGUCCACAAGCAGCUUCCCCGAGAUGCCAUGGGAAGACCUUUUAUCCAGAACAACCCUUCGAUUCCUGCUGGCUUCCAUGAUUUAGGAUUUACUGACUUCUCCUGUAGGAAGUUUCCUCGAAUUUCUCAGGCCUGGUGUGAAACAAACCUCCGGAGGUGCAUCAGCGAGCAGCACCGGUUCGUCUGCGACACUUGCGACAAGGCGUUCCCUAUGCUGUCCGCGCUCAUCCUGCACAGGCAGACCCACAUCCCUGUUGAUCAGGGCCAGGAGAAGCUCCAGACCAAGACCCUGGCUGAUGAUACCGUGGACCAGAAGGUCUUCCUGGCCUUGCUGGGCCUGCAGCACACCAAAGACAUCAGGCCUGCACCUGAGGAGCCCCUGCCGGACGACAACCAAGCAAUACAGCUCCAGACACUCAAGUGUCAGCUACCUCAGGACCCUGGCUGCACCAAUGUGCUGAAUCUGUCCCCUUUUGAAGCUGCUUCUUUAGGUGGCUCUCUGACAGUCCUCCCAGCUACGAAGGAGGGCAUGAAACAUCUAUCCCUGCAGCCCUUCCAAAAGGGCUUCAUCAUCCAGCCGGACAGUAGUAUCGUGGUUAAACCUAUUUCAGGAGAGUCGGCCAUUGAGCUAGCAGAUAUCCAACAGAUUCUAAAGAUGGCAGCUUCCGCUCCUCCACAAAUCAGUCUUCCGCCACUUUCCAAGGCUCCUGCCACCCCCUUUCAGGCAAUUUUCAAGCACAUGCCUCCUUUGAAGCCAAAGCCAUUGGUCACACCCCGGACAGUGGUAGCCACCUCAACACCCCCACCUCUCAUCAAUGCACAGCAGGCGUCCCCAGGCUGUAUCAGCCCUAGCCUUCCUGCACAGUCCCUGAAGUUCCUCAAGGGGACAGUUGAGGCAGCCUCCAAUGCUCAUCUGCUCCAGUCCAAGUCUGGGGUCCAGCCAAACACCACCACACAGCUCUUCCUGCAGCAGCCUGGAGUGGAGUUGCCAGGCCAGCCUGAGAUGAAGACACAGCUGGAACAGGACAGCAUCAUCGAGGCCCUGCUGCCCCUAAACAUGGAGGCGAAGAUCAAGCAGGAGAUAACGGAGGGUGACCUCAAGGCCAUCAUGACUGGCCCCAGUGGCAAGAAGACCCCCGCCAUGCGCAAGGUGCUGUACCCCUGCCGCUUCUGUAACCAGGUGUUUGCUUUCUCUGGAGUUCUGCGUGCCCACGUUCGCUCCCACCUGGGCAUCUCACCCUACCAGUGCAACAUCUGCGACUAUAUUGCUGCAGACAAAGCCGCUCUUAUCCGCCACCUUCGCACACACAGUGGGGAACGGCCUUAUAUCUGCAAGAUCUGCCACUACCCCUUCACAGUCAAAGCCAACUGUGAGCGCCACCUGCGCAAGAAGCACCUCAAGGCCACCCGGAAGGACAUCGAAAAGAACAUAGAGUACGUGAGCAGCAGUGCAGCGGAGUUGGUGGACGCCUUCUGCUCCCCAGAGACGGUGUGCCGGCUGUGCGGUGAGGAUCUAAAACAUUACCGCGCACUACGGAUCCACAUGCGUACACACUGCAGCCGAGGCCUGGGUGCGUGCCACAAAGGCCGCAAGCCCUUCGAGUGCAAGGAAUGCAAUGCCACCUUUGCAGCCAAGCGCAACUGCGUCCAUCACAUCCUCAAGCAGCACCUGCACGUGCCCGAACGUGACAUCGAGAGCUAUGUGCUUGCCACAGAUGGUGGCCUUGGCCCCACAGACACGGCUGCAGAGGCUUCUGCCCGAGGGGAAGAGGGCAACUGCAUUGCUUUUGGUGAGUGCAAGCCCCUCGCCACUUUCCUGGAGCCCCAAAAUGGCUUUCUUCACACGAGCCCUUCCCAACCCCUGCCUUCCCACAUCUCUGUCAAGUUGGAGCCAGCCAGCAGCUUUGCAAUGGAUUUCAACGAGCCCCUUGACUUUUCACAGAAGGGCCUGGCACUGGUCCAAGUGAAGCAGGAAAAUGUGUCCUCCUUGCUGAACUCUUCCUCCUCUGCCCUCUAUGACUGCUCCAUGGAGCCCAUUGAUCUAUCCAUCCCCAAGAGCAUAAAGAAAGGAGACAAGGACACAGUUGUUCCCAGUGACGCCAAGAAACCAGAACCAGAAUCUGGGAAAGCUGAGCAGCUCUCUCCCUGCCCACCACCCUGCCCUACCCUGUCAGUGACUGCAGAACCCAGAGGGAGCUUGGAAAACCCCACAGGCACCGUGGUGGCCGUUACCACGGCUGCCAACCUGGAAGGCCACACGCAGCCCCUCCAGGGCUCCGUGCAGCUGGCCGUCCCCAUCUAUUCCUCAGCUCUCGUAAGCAAUCCUACCCUCCUGGGCAACUCUGCGCUUUUGAACAACACAGCCUUGCUUCGGCCCCUCCGGCCAAAGCCUCCCCUGCUCUUGCCAAAGCCCCCCGUGACAGAGGAGCUGCCUCCACUGGCCUCCAUCGCCCAGAUCAUCUCAUCUGUGUCCUCGGCCCCUACUCUGCUGAAAACAAAGGUAGCUGACCCUGGGCCGUCCAUCCACAGCAGUAGCACUGUGGCCACAGACAGCUUAGGAAGCUCCGUCUCAAAAGCCGUCACCACCCCCACUGACAUCACAAGCCCUCAAGAAUCCACUGACCCACCUGCUACAGCCAGCAGCCCAGAGGAAGCCUUGCCUACUGAGCAAGGGCCGUCUGGCUUAUCCAGGAAGAGGGGAAGGAAAAGGGGAAUGAGAAACCGGCCCCUCACCACUAGCAGCGGUGUGGACCUGGACUCCAGUGGGGAGUUUGCUAGCAUCGAGAAGAUGCUAGCCACCACAGAUACCAACAAGUUCAGUCCAUUUCUGCAGACAGCAGAGGAUGACACUCAGGAUGAGGUGUCUGGAGCCCCUGCAGACCACCACGGGCCCAGUGAUGAGGAGCAGGGUAGCCCUGCCGAAGACAGGCUGCUGAGAGCAAAGCGGAACUCUUAUGCCAACUGCAUGCAGAAGAUCAACUGUCCCCACUGUCCCCGGGUCUUCCCUUGGGCCAGCUCCCUCCAGAGGCACAUGCUUACACACACUGGUCAGAAACCCUUCCCUUGUCAAAAAUGCGAUGCCUUCUUUUCUACCAAAUCUAACUGUGAACGCCACCAGUUGCGCAAACACGGAGUUACCACCUGCUCCCUGAGAAGAAACGGGCUUAUUCCCCCAAAAGAGGGUGAUGUUGGAUCCCAUGAUAGCACAGACAGCCAGUCAGACACAGACACAUUGACUACCCCAGGUGAGGUGCUGGACCUCACAGCCCGGGAUAAAGAGCUGCCACCAUCAGAGGGAGCCAUGGAGCUCAGCCCAGCUACACAGGACCUCCCUGUGAAAGAGGCCAAAGCAGAGGCAGCCCCUCUUGAGAACCAGGAAGGAAAGGGGAUAGAGGAGAACCCAGAGCCAGAGGAAGAACGUGGCAGUGUUGAAGAAAGCAGCAGGGAUGCAGAUGCCCCGGAGGAAGACACAGCCAGCAACCAGAGCCUGGAUCUUGACUUUGCCAGCAAGCUGAUGGACUUUAAGCUGGCAGAGAGCGAGGCAGGCACUGUGGACAGCCAAGGCACAGCCCAGCAGGACCAGAAGCAUACCUGCGAUACCUGCGGAAAGAACUUCAAGUUCCUGGGCACCCUGAGCCGCCACAGGAGGGCACACAGCUGCCAGGAGCCCAAGGAGGAGAAGGAGGCACCUGUGCUGGAGAAUGAGAAUGCUGGCAGAGCAGCCGAGGGGUCCUCGUCGUCCCCUGAGCCUGAGGAGAAGCCUGCCGAAUCCCCAGCAGUAGAUCCAAGUCCAGGAACCAGGGAGGCCUCAGUGGAGAAACAGAAUGAGGAAACAGAGGGCCCCUCUGACGGAGAAGGCACAGCCGAGAAGAGGAGUGGCGGUGACAAGAGACCAAAGACAGACUCCCCCAGAAGCGUACCCAGUAAGGCGGACAAGAGGAAGAAAGUUUGCAGUGUGUGCAACAAGCGCUUCUGGUCCCUGCAGGACCUCACCCGCCACAUGAGGUCACACACAGGAGAAAGGCCGUACAAGUGUCAGACCUGUGAACGAACCUUCACCUUAAAGCACAGCCUAGUUCGACACCAGCGGAUCCACCAGAAAGCUAGGCACAGCAAGCACCAUGGGAAGGACAGCGACAAGGAUGAGCGGGCUGAGGAGGACAGUGAGGAUGAGUCGACCCACAGUGCUAACAACCCUGUCUCCGAGAAUGAGGCCGACUCAGCUCCUAGUACCAGCAACCAUGUGGCCAUCACCAGGAGCCGGAAAGAGAGCCUGGCCAAUUCGGGGAAGGAUUGUAGCCAGGAGGAGAAGACUUCAGUAGAACAGGCAGCUGAGUCCAGCCACAGCACACCCAAGGAGCAGGUGUCUCCAGGUGAAGCAGACUCCGAGAGCCCAGCAGCCCUUGUGCAAGACUUAUUGGAGCUGUGUGCCAAGAGGCCUGCCCCAAUCCUGGCGGCCUCCGACAGUGCCUCACAGCUCGUGGGGAUGGAAUGACAGCUUGCCCUGUCCCCAUCGGCACACAGAUAAAGCUAGCAGAGCCUCCCGAAUAUAGAUUUCACAAGGUUUUCUUGGUGUCCUUCAGCUGUCUGGAGAGAGAGGAAAGAGACAGGCAGUGCGGUCAACCAGCUCGUGCCAUAGCCUUAUCCAGUGCGCAUGCUCCCGGCCCCAGUAUGGCCGGCUCCAGUGCCUUAACUACUUAUGGGUUCUCCCAUGUCACUGUGGGUGUGACACCCCCCCCAUGGCGUUUUAACAAAACGUAUUUUAAUGAAUUGUUGGGAGUAUCUCUUCAUUUAAGCAUUAACAUUACCUUUUGUGUCGGUGUGUUUGAGCUUGUUUCUGUGAACCUGUGAUAGUACUGUUUGUUCUGUGAGCUGGAAACAGAAGAAGAAAGCCUAACCCUCGGAUCCCCGUAGCCAAUAACUGGAAGAAAAUGAUGUGAAUUUCAUGUAUACAUGAUCAGAGGGAAGAGGGUGCGAGGCUGAUUUCUAAGCUAGACUUUUUGUCUCUGGGUCACCUGGUGGAGGAGCCAUGAGCUGGUCUUUAGUGGAUGCGCUUGAUGCAGAGUUCCAGUGUGGCGUGAGCCAAAGCCAGGAAAGAGUCUAGCUUCAACCUCACGUGUCUCCACUCUCUCCAUGUUAGAAAUGGUUUCUGUUCAAAUUCUUAAUUUACAGAGAAGAAUGACCUCCUCAGCAACCUAUGGAGGACCUACCUGGAUGUCAUUGAUUUUUCCCUUCUCCCCAUUUGGUAUAUGUUAUUAAUAUUAUUAUAUUAUUAUUAUUAGUUCAUCAGUUUGCUGGGCUCUGCAUUCAGCAGAAACAAAUGGGCAAUAUUUGUCCUGGGAGACCCGCACUACCGCCUGGUCCCCGCAUAGCGUGUGCCCGAAGCUUUCUUGGCACACCAGUGAUGGCUCUUCUACUGUACGCAGACAAGCCUUACUUCAGUGGCUGUAGAAGCCAGCAGGGGCCGGGAGUGGGCUUCCAAGUAUGGCUAAGGAGUGGCUCAGAGGGGACAAGGAUGCGCGUGUGGUGGGAAGCAGGCAUCCAAGACACCAGGCCAUGCCUGGGGCCCCUCAGAGACAGCUGGCAAGGCCUCCCAGUCUUCCUGCUGAGCCGCUGUCCAAGCCUUCCCCCUGCUGUGCUACUGUCGUUUGAAAAGCAAUGAGAUACUACUGCUGGUGAUGAUCUGAACUGCGCGUGCAAGGUUUAGACUAGAGGGCUGUCUUCCUGCACCUUCCUGCAGUGUGGGGCUGCUGCUGGGAGAGAGCAGCGCUUCCUGAUUGGCCAAUUUGGCGCCCCCCCCCCCCGUGCACAAAGGCAGGGUUACCAUUGUUCCUGAGUGUUCUCCGUAGGCAGUAGACUUCCUUCCCUCAUCAGCAAAAAGAAACCGCUCCUACUGUAGCUGACCUCUGUUCAGCACCCUGUCCUGUAGCUGAGACCCGAGGGUGCCUGAGCCACAUUGCUACUAGAGCCCCUGGCCUUGUCCCUUGCCUGCAGAGCCUCAAGACUUCUCUUCGGGAGGUCUGCCUCUGCUCCUCUUCUUCCCCUCGCCCUGUGGCUCCCUGUGUUCCUCUGUCCCUGAGACAUGCGUACCCUCCUGUCCACCAGUCUCUAGUGGCUAAAAUCCAACCACCCUGACUUCAAUGGAAGAUAGAUAUUCUAGAGAUAAUGAAAAGUGAUAUAUUUGCAUAUGAAAGAAAAAUGUUGAGGUAUAUAUGAUUUUUAACUGUAUUAGGGAUGUAUGAACCAGUUUAAAAUUGAGAUUUUUAUUUACUGUAGAGAGAGAAAUCAGAACCAAUGACCCCAUGGUCUUUUAAGUUAAAGCCAGCUCCUGCAUCCCUUAGUUGUUUUUUAUUAUAAUUACUAUUGUUAGCUUCAUUGUUAGUAUUUGGGGUUUCUUGUGUUUUGUUUCUCUUUGCAACUCUCCACACUAAACUCAUCAUAUUGUGGGGAGAAGCCGUGACUGAACUCUAGGCUGCGGUAAGAUGUAGCAGGGAUUGGCUCCCAGCAGCAGCCAUAGCCGGGGCUGCAGCUCGCAAUAAUCACUAUUGAUUUAAAGCUUUAUUUAGUCUGAUCUAUUCCUUCAUAGUCAAUAAGGUCUUGCCACAUUUUAUUAGUGAGAUUGAGAGAUGUAUUAUUUGUUUGUUGUCCUGCCCGCCUUCCUCCCCCCAUAUUAAACUGUGAAAUUUGUGAUUUGUUUAAACGCUGGGUGAAUCAUAGUUUAGUUUGCAUGUCCAGCUAAUUUGUUUCUAUACAUUUUGUUUGAUUCUCUUUCUCCUCAGGGCUUUUACAAAUAUAUAUAUAUUAUAUAUGUAUAUAUAUAUAUGGAUCGUCUGAAAAAAAUUUGAGGUGCAAAUUUUUUCUUGGUUUUGUUGUUAUUGUUUUGUUUUUGUUUUUGUUUUUCUCUUUAAUGGACACAACGCUGAGAUUCAAUCACUACAUAAAAUACCUGGCUGUGAAAACAAAACAAAAGGACCCCAUGGGGCUGUUUCCCAAGCAGCCCCUCGGAUGCCUCCUUGAGUCGGAUGCCGAUUUCAGACAGAUCAUCCUCCGUGCGUCUCUUUCUUCUCCUCUCUUCCCUCGAGAAGUUGAUCCUGAUGAUUUCAGCCCAUGCAUUAAACAGGAAACAAUAAUAACUGUAGAAUUCAUAUUUUUCUAAAGGGAACUUAAAAACUGCUGCUACAUGUUAUGUACAAAACUGGUUUAUGCCACAUGAACAGAAUCACAAGUUUGGUUUUGGUACUUUUUGUUUCUCUUUGUACUCAGUUGUAUAGAACUUCCAGAUUCAGAAUGAAAAGAAAGCUGUUCUGUAUCAAACCAUCUAAGCAAUAAAUGUUAUAUUUAAAAAGUG